ACGGUCCACCAAGUGGAGAGUAUUUAGGUGGUUAGUGGCUACGACGGCCUUCUUCCUUUGACGAUCCAUCCGUCAAAACCACACAUCCCAACACCUCUCUUUUCUUCGCCUUCGCUGCAGCACUCCCAAAGGUUUGAUUUCCGUAUCUUGAUGAAUUCAAGCAUUACUGUGGCAUCUGUGGUUUCCUCUAAAGUGGGAAACAAGACCGACUUCUUUUUCUGGGUUCUCGCUUGCUUGCUUUUGAAGUGCUUUAAGACCCAUACUCUCCACGUAGACCUGUAUUUGAUUACAGGAAUUGAAAGGAUAUCAUUGGUUGUUCUAACUUUUGAACCAUUUAGAAAGACUAAGGUGUAGGCUUCUUGGUAUCCGGCCAUCUGCAUCCUUUGACCAGUAUCGUUAUUUGCAAGCAUGGUUUCUUCUCAGCUCCCUUCUGUGGCAAAAUCUUACAUGCCAAAAUCCUUCAGGAAUGAUUUCCUUCCACCCCUUAGUUCUCCUGAUGUUCCCGCAGAGCAGGUUGAGUUGGACUUUUCUGAUGUUUUCGGUCCUCUUCCAGUUCAAGCUUUAAACGAACCUAGUAAUGGGAUAUCUGAAGGUACUACCCCACCAGCUAAUAUGAACGAGCUUGUGUAUGAUGAUCCCGAGGUUAUCUGCAACCGAUCGCAUUCCUUGGUUGGUCCUUCGUCAUUUGUAAGUCAAUCUUUGAAGCUUGGCAGGCUCACCCUUCAUGAAACAGAAGAUUCGGUUGAACUGAUAGAGAGUUUAAUUGGCGAAACAAUUAAAGAAGAUCAGGAGCUCAAUGAUUCAAUUGCUCAGGAGCCUGAUUCUCGGACAAUUGGCCUUGAAGAUUUUGAAGUCAUGAAAGUUGUCGGGCAGGGUGCGUUUGGAAAAGUUUUUCAAGUGAAAAAGAAGGGAACAUCAGAAAUUUAUGCAAUGAAGGUCAUGAGGAAGGACAAGAUUAUGGAGAAGAACCAUGCAGAAUAUAUGAAAGCAGAGAGGGAUAUCUUGACAAAGAUGGAUCACCCCUUUGUUGUCCAGCUUAGAUAUUCAUUUCAGACAAAAUAUAGACUUUACCUUGUGCUGGACUUCAUUAAUGGUGGACACCUAUUCUUUCAGCUUUACCGUCAAGGCCUUUUCAGAGAGGAUCUUGCGCGUAUAUAUACAGCAGAAAUCGUAUCAGCAGUGUCUCACCUUCAUGGAAAUGGCAUAAUGCACAGAGAUCUCAAACCAGAAAACAUCCUACUGGAUGCAGAUGGCCAUGCCAUGCUAACGGACUUUGGACUAGCAAAGGAAUUCGAGAAGGAUACGAGGUCAAACUCCAUGUGUGGAACAGUAGAGUAUAUGGCACCUGAAAUCAUUCUUGGGAAAGGCCAUGAUAAGGCGGCAGAUUGGUGGAGCGUUGGAAUUCUGUUGUUUGAGAUGCUUACUGGAAAGCCUCCUUUUAUUGGCAACAGAGAGAAAGUUCAGCAGAAAAUAAUUAAGGAGAAACUCAAGAUGCCAUCGUUUUUGACUAGCGAGGCACAUUCUCUACUGAAAGGGGUAAUUCCACGUUAUAAUCUCGUUUAGUGUUUUUAAACUGCGUUUCACUCUACCAGUUAGUAUCCAAAGGCUCGUAUUAUGAAGUCUGCAAAAACAUCAAUGCCUUUCGUUUCUAAAUUGGAUCAACAAAUGUCGUGUUCUAAUUGAGUUAUACUCCCUUUGUUUGGCUAACACUUUCCAUUACCAUAAUAUUAACAAAGCUUCUCCUAUAUCUUUAGCUACUGUCAAAGGACCCCAGUAAACGCCUGGGCAGUGGGCCGAAGGGAGGUGAUGAAAUAAAGGGGCAUAAAUGGUUCAGGCCGAUCAACUGGAGGAGAUUAGAGGCCAGGGAAGUACAACCUAGUUUUCGUCCCGAAGUUGCUGGAAAGCACUGCAUCGCCAACUUUGACAAGUGCUGGACCGAUAUGCCCCUGCAGGACUCUCCGGUUUCCAGUCCUAAUGGCGAUCACUUUCAGGGAUUCACCUACGUCAGACCCGCGGCCUCCUUCCUUCAAAACAGUAGCCCUUUCUGCUAAUAUGCAUUCAUUCCAUUGACAAGGAUUUCGACAUUUGCUUCCCUUUCUCAGUAAAUUAUGAUGGCUUAAUAGGAGCAUUGAAUUUGAUUGUCUCAGCUUUAAUUUCUGGUUUAGAUUUCCUACCACCUAUGAUUUAGGUGCUUGUUUGACAUGUCUUUUUGGUACCUAAUAACGUUGUUCUUUUCAGCAAUGCUUAGUGAUGUUUUUACUUAAUGA